GCAAAGUCCAAAAGUAGCGCGCCCCCGCCGCCAGUCCUAUUGCAACCAUGAACAAAGCAAGUGAAGAAGCCGCUGCCAAUGCCGCAGGACAGCAAGAUUCGCAAGAACUAACAGUAUUCGUGCAGAGCCUGCUGGAGCAAAUGCAAUCCCGAUUCGCACAAAUGUCUGAUGCCAUCAUUGGACGUAUCGACGAAAUGGGCAGUCGCAUCGACGACUUGGAAAAGUCGAUUGGAGAACUCAUGGAACAGACCAACGCGAACGACGCCGCCGCCUCCGCCCAAAAGCCUCCUGCUGCUGCUACUCCCAAGGAAUAGGAGUUCUCAUAGGCCAUGUACUUGGGAGUCGUCCGAUACAAACAAACACCAUCAUGACGACUUAUAUAAUCUCGUUUUUCUCUA